AUGUCAAUGGGUGGGAUGGACAUGGGUCCCAUGGGCCACAUGUCCAUGGGUGAUGGUGUGCCAGGCCUCUUCUAUCUCCAGAAGAUGUACUGGGCAGUGGUGGGGAGCGCCAUAGCUGCUGGGACAGCAGUCAAUGUCUUCAAUCAUUUGCUCGCUUUCCAAAGGCUACGGGACUCUACUCUCACCCCAGCAAAGCCCAAAUCACUAUUCUUCAACACAUGUGCGACUCUGACGGCAAUUGUUCGAGAAGCAAGCUACGCUACGUUGCCUCCAUGGUCAUUAGGCGGCCGCACUUUUCACUUUGCCCCGCUGGGUCCGAUAUCUAUCAUUCUGGCCAAUUUAAUCGUGGUCCUAGUCUUCUGCUUCUACAAGUUAGACACGACAGAUCAAUGGAAAUGGGAAGAUGUCGGCUAUCGCACCGGAUUCGUAGCUAUCGCCCAGAUGCCUUUGAUCUUCCUGCUGGCGGGAAGACAGAAUAUCAUUGGGCUCCUAGUUGGCAUGAGUUAUGAGAGAUUAAACUGGUUCCACCGCUGGAUUUCACGGACUCUCUGGCUGACAGCCACUAUUCAUAUGGGCUUUUGGUUCCGAAGCUGGGGACGCUAUGACUAUAUCACGUAUCAACUGAAAAAUGACCCCUUGUCGCAACGAGGAUUCGCCGCAUGGUGCAUCCUGACCUUCAUCGUCCUAACUUCCAUGGCGCCCAUACGACGACUGAGUUACGAAUUUUUCGUUCUUCAGCACUUAGUGACGUUUACAGGGUUCAUUGCUGCAGUUUGGUUGCACGCCGCGGAAGAAGUGAAGGUAUGGGUGUGGAUUCCUAUCGGGUUGCUCGUUUUUGACCGCGUCGCUCGAUACGCAUGGGCAACAUACGCAAAUUUGUCCAUCUUUCACCGUUCCACCAAGCACGCUCUUUGGGCCAACCGAGCAUCUUUCACCCCCUUGCCCGGGAAUAUCACCCGCAUUACAAUCGACAACCCAGGCGUCCGAUGGGAACCUGGCCAGCAUGUUUUCCUAACAUGUCAUUCGAUAGUGCCCUUGCAAAGUCAUCCUUUCACCAUCGCCUCUAUCCCUGAGGACAACAAGAUGGAGUUCCUUGUGCGCGCUGAGAAAGGAGGCACCAGGCGAUUCUUCCGCUAUGCAUCCAAACAUCACCAUGUUCUAGGCUCCGAAGACACCGCCCCCAUGAAACCGACCCGCGCCGUGUUCAUUGAUGGGCCAUACGGAAGGAUAAGAACGCUCCGUCAAUUCGACAGCGUAGUGUUACUUGCCGGGGGCAUGGGUGUGACGUUUAUUAUCCCCUGUCUGCGGGAUAUUGUGUCCCAAUGGAAGAUGGAAUGUCUAGGAUCGUCUGAGCCCACCCGUCUCACUCCAACUAAGCGCAUCCGCUUUGUCUGGGUGAUCAAGUCGCGCGCUCAACUCAGCUGGUUCGAGACACAAUUACAGUCCGUGCUAACUGACGUAGAAGAAUGCCGGCGUGCUCAACCGGACUUGGUCCGAGAGGUCGAAAUGAGCAUAUAUGUUACAUGUGACGACAAGCUAGAACCACAGCCACAACCAAGCCAUACUCUCUGUUCGCAGGCCCAGCCUGAAACCACGAUUGUCAGUGCCCGCCAAAUUACAAACCCAAUUGAACCUGCAGAUACCACCGACGAGAAGCACGGCAAGAAAGACGACGUCUCAAUCCACUCCAUUUACAAAACCUCGUCAGCAAGCUUCCCGCCAAAGGACGGCUGCCUCCCGGGUGGUGGAUGCUGCUGCACCACUGCUAUUGAAGAUGAAGACAAGGACAGCAUUACCGAGCACAAAUGCUCCUGCUCUGGCCAUGCCCCUACCUCUCAGGCUCCAGAUCCAGAGCCAGAAAAGCCAACUGUUAAAGCAGCAUCAGCUAAGCCCCGCGAGCUGCCCAUGCUCUCUGGUCGCCCACAACCGCGGACCAUCAUUCGGAAAAUCUUAGAAAAAGCCGAAGGCGAAAGCGCGGUCGUAGCCUGUGGACCACAGGGGCUUUCAGAUGAUGUACGCCGGAGUGUGGUGUAUUUGAGUGAUGAACGAGCCGUCCAUAAAGGAACGGGGGCGCAGGGUAUAUAUUUACACGUGGAGAAAUUCGGAUGGUAA